UCAUUCCCUACCUUCCGCCUCUAAUUCUCAAUUCCUCCCUCUAUAGUCCCUCUCUUCCUACCUUCCCUUUUGUGAAUAAUUUAUUAUUCCGUGGACAGUGUGUCCUCCUGACUGCAGUAAGUUUCUCACUAGCCUGGAUCCCACCAUCUGUCCUUCUGGCGGUGUGUGUGAGCGAGCGUCUCCGAUCCCCCCCUCUCCAUCCGCCAUGCUCUGACGUACGUCAGUCCACCAGGCUGACAUAUUCUUAUUGUUAUUUUCCUUGUCCUCAAAGCAGACCACCUCGCAGUGAAGCACAUCUCGCAUAUGUUUUACUGCAUAAAGCCGUACAUAAUUUAGUGCUUCUGCCUGCAGAUAUCCCACCUGUCACUUCGAUUCAAUCCAUUCCUCCGAUCCCAAGUCAUCCAUUUCACCUCCGUGACGGGAACCACCAACUUGCCAAAUGUCCAGUCCGCCAUUCACGGUCAGAGCGGUCUUCGAGUAUUCUUCGGACCACGAUGACGACCUUAAUUUCGCUAUCGGACAGAUUAUAACCGUCACAGCUGAGGAAGAUGCUGAGUGGUACUUUGGUGAGUAUGCGGACGACUCCGGGCGCAAAGUAGAGGGCAUUUUCCCCAAGAAUUUCGUCGAAAGAUAUGAGCCCCCUGCACCCCCGCGACCGACUCGUCCCAGCAGACCCAGAAAGGAACCAGAGCCGGUUCCGCCACCCCCGGAGCCCGCUGCUGCACCUGCAAUCCCUGCUCCAGAGAGUUCCUACCAUCCCGAGCCCGAACCAGAGCCCGAGCUUGAAUCUGAGCCUGAGCCUGAGCAUGAGCCCGAGGUUGAAAAGACACCGGCGGCCGUACCUCAGCCACCUAGCUCUCCCCCUCCAGCUCUGGCAUCGCCGGCAAGUGAGGUCCCUCCGUUUAAGCCGGUAGCAGCUCCCAUUCCCCAACCUUCGACGAGGGAUGCUGGUGAACCCGUCCCUAAACCUGUAUCCAAGCCUCCGCCUCCCGCUGUCGCCGAGAAGCCUACCGGGUCGUCUUUCAAGGAUCGUAUUGCGGCGUUCAACAAGCCUGCUGCGCCGCCAGUUGCGCCUUUCAAGCCAGGCGGCCUCUCUCAGAGCUCCAACACGUUUAUCCGGAAACCGUUUGUUGCACCGCCACCUAGUAAGAACGCCUAUGUACCUCCGCCCAGAGAGCCUCCCCCGCAAAAGGUAUAUCGCAGAGAAGAAGAUCCUGAUGUUCAAGAACGAGUCACGAGAGAACUUCCUACGCGAGAGCCUCCUGUGUCUGAGACCCGUCCCCUGUCAAGUGAUGGUCCGGAAGAAGGCGCGGAGGAUCAGCCCAAGCCAACAAGUCUCAAGGAACGUAUCGCGCUUCUCCAGAAACAACAGAUGGAACAGGCUCAACGUCAUGCCGAAGCUGCGCAAAAGAAGGAAAAGGCGAAGCGGCCUCCGAAGAAGCGUCUCGAAUCCCACGAAGACACUCUUCCUACACAAGAUCUUUCAGCCGAAGGAGCCGAAGCAAACGAUGCGGCACGAGAACCUGCCCAUGAAGCAGUGGGACCAGCUGUGCCGCAGCAUGCAAUGCCACCCCCACCUGCGCAGGAGCUCGCCAGUGACACCAAUGAUGCGGAUGAUUCUGCUGCUGCCGACACGGAGGAUGCGGAGGAAACUUCCACGAGCAAGGAAGACUCCGACGAGCGGGCCCGUGCAGAGGCUAGACGUCAAGCACAGGCUCAGGAUGCGCAGGCAAAGGCAGAACGUACAGAUGAACCGCAGUCAGAUGAUGACAACGAAGAAGCCGAGGAACCAGUCCAGCCAGACGAGGACGAGGACGAAGAGGAGGAAAUUGACCCUGAGGUCAAGCGGAAGAUGGAACUCCGAGAGAGAAUGGCAAAGAUGAGUGGUGGUAUGGGUAUGAUGGGUUUCUUCGGACCCCCUGGUGGGAUGCCUAUUCCUGGUGCGGCUCGCAAACCUAAGGCGCCUGCGACUGUGGAGGCGGAGAGAGCCAUUGAUGAUGAGAGCUCCCGUCCCGCCGCAGCCCCUCCCGUCCCUAUCAUGGCCUUGCCUGGAAUGAAUGCAGGAAAGCCUCCAGUUUAUCCUAAUGUCCAGAAAGAGGAAGAACAGGAGGAAGAACAGGACGAGUCUCCCGCAAGUCCGAUAACUGAGCAGCAUGCUGCACACGAGGUUCCUGAUGUAGAGGAAGUUGUCCAUGAAGAACCUCCUCAACGGCGUAUGUCUGCCGAUAGACCAUUUACACCUCAAGAGCGCGCAGUUCCUCCCCCUCCCCCACUCAAUACGCGCCCGGUACCACCUCCAGUUCCUCAUGAACAGCCUUUGUCCCCUCCGCCGAUUCCAGGAUCUCAAUCUCUGCCCCCACCCAAGGGCGCUGCACCUGCUGAUCCAGGAGACGAAUCUGAUGACGAAUUGUCCCUGCAUCCGAACGCUACGCCGGCCACUGCAGCAGCAGAGCAACCAGCACCUCCGCUCCCCGACCAUCUCGACUCUCGCCGAGCAUCGACCUACGAUACAACAUCUCCCUUGUCACCUACACUCCCUGCAGACAAGAGAAUGAGCCGCCCUCCUCCCCCAGUACCAGUCAAUCCCCCAGUCCCAUCUCAGAGUAGACCCAUCCCUCCCCCUCCUCCAGUCAAUAUGCGGCGAAGGUCUACAACCGACAGUCGGACAAGCAUGGCUUCGCAGCCCCGCCAAGCUGGCGAGGGUACCGAAGGCGAAAUAACUGAAUAUGAUGGCGACUACGACACGGACAUCGCAUCUGGUGCUAAGUUCAAGGAUGCUCUGAAGUCACACGGCCGCGAUUCUAGCCUCGACGAAGGUGUCAUGACCGACGAACACUCGCUUCGAUCUCCUGGAAGCCCGCCCCAGACUCGUCUCCCGCCUCCCCCUCCACUAUCUGCCCCACGCGCAGUGCCCCCUCCCCCGCCGAUCCAGCCUCCAAAGAGUUCCGGCAGAGACUCAAUACAGUCGCCUAGAGGACCUCCACCUCCUCCACCGCAAAGAGAGCCUUCAUAUGGCGGUGAUGAUGAUGAGUAUGAUCCUUACCGUUAUACUGCCCCCCAGCAUGGCGUGCCUGUUUCGAGAGCACCACCACCGCCACCAGUUCCCAGCGGCCCGGUGGAAGCUCCACCGAUGCCUCCUCGGUCCGCUGAAGACGAGUCCGAUGAUCUCUAUGAAGCUUCGCCCGUUCAGCCUUAUGGCGAGACGUCCAUUUCGUCGCCUCGCGAAAAGCGCGCCUCAAUGGCUCCCCCGCCCCCUAGUCUACCUCCGCCUACACCUCGUAGCAACCGUGCAUCGCUUGACAUUCCAAGAGCCCAGCCCAGUGUUCGGAGAUCUAUGGAUGUUUCCCGUCCAUCUAUCGAUUUAGGCUUUAUUGCCACGGACGUUGACUUGGCAGAGAAUACUCUUUGGUGGACGCAACCCAAUACCCCGCCCCCUGUUUUCCAGAAUCGCAAGGAUGUUCUUCUCGAAUUCGAGGAGUCAAAUUCCUCCAAGCGGGGCGGUAAGUCUACUGUGACCAAGGAUGUUUAUAUCUUAUUCAUCGACUACUCCCAAACUGUGAUCACUGUGAACUUCGAUGCUCGCAAUCCCAGUGAUGCGGCCCUCGAACAGCGUCACGAGGCGCCUCCUCAUCAGCCGCGUCAAGAUCAACUCGAGACUGCCCACAACCAGAUUGGCACGCGCAUUGCGAAUGCAGUCAAUGGAAUCCAGAACACUACUGUCGCGGAUGGUACCCCACAUGGCCUGGUGCAGCAUCUACUCAGUCCUCUGUCUGAUGUCCUGCUUCCUGUUGGCACGCGCGCCUACGGUGCUCUUGUCUACUCUAACCUGGCCAAUGCUUCGGUUCAGCAAAAUGAUGAGAUCCGCGCAGGAGAUGUUGUGACUUUCCGGAACGCACGGUUCCAGGGCCAUCGUGGCACCAUGCAUCAAAAGUACAGCUCCGAGGUUGGCAAGCCCGAUCACGUAGGCAUUGUCGUUGACUGGGACGGCACGAAGAAGAAGAUCCGCGCCUGGGAGCAGGGCAGAGAAAGCAAGAAGGUCAAAAUGGAGAGCUUCAAGCUGAAUGACUUGCGGAGUGGAGAAUGUAAGAUGGGUGGUGAUCUCAACCUAAAGAAAUCAUGGCACCCCUCCCUCCUCCGCAACCAGGAGCGCGUCUGGGCGGAAGAGAAACGCGCCCUCGAGGAGCGCAAACGCAUCGACCAGCUGCGGCGCGAGCGGGACGAAGAGCGCCAGAUCCAGGAACUCCAGCGGCUGCAGGAGGACUCGGGCGCCCCGCGCCAGAUCCAGCGCGUCGACUGGAUGUACCAGGAGCCGUCGAGCGCCACGGGCCACUACUCCGAGGAGAUGGAAGGGUACCUCUUGGGCAAGCGGCGGUUCGAUCAGAUUCUGCUGAAGAACGAUGAGAGUCAGGCGCUGAAGAAGGGGGCCGCCGGGGUGGGCGGGGUCGCGGUCGCGGGUGCGGGGGACGAUGGUGCCGCGGGCGCGGCUGCAGGGACGAAUCCCCGGGAUACGAUGGCGAAGGUUCUGGCGGAUCCGUUGUUGGAGAUUCGGAAGAGGGAGCAGGCGGCUUUGGAGAGUGCGAUUAAGGAGGGGGUGAGGAGGGGGUCCCAGGUGGUGGGAGGGAGGACAGGGAUCGCAGAGAUCGCGACUACGACAGAAGAGACCCGGACCGCGAUCGCGGCGACAGAGACGGCAGCGAGAGAGAGUACCCCAGCAGGCAUCACCGUGACCGAGAGGACCGUUACGACCGCUCUUCUCGUCGGAAUGCGCCCCGUGAUCGAUCGCCGUCACCCCGACCUGAUCGCCAUCGCUCAGACAUACGCCGUUCUGAUGACCGGGGAGAUGGUGCUCGUCAGGACAGGACCGAGGGACUCGUACAAUCGUGACCGGAACCUGCAGGAUGGCAGAAACAACAACAACAACACGGAGCAGGGAGCCAAGGAUUUGGAGCAAGAACGUCAGCGCAAACUGGCAGAGAUGCUUUCCAACGCAGACGAGAUGGAGGAAACCCGUCGUCAGCGUAUUGCAGAGGUUACCGCUGCGGAACAGAAGCAGCUCGAGGAGGACGAGAAGCAUCGCUCUGAGAAAGGCCGUUUUGUGUCGGGUCUUCAUCGCCAACUCCAGGAAGACAAUCUGGAUGACCGCCUCAAACGUAGUCGUGGUGGACUUGCUCGGUUGGAUGAUGAUGAGUGAGCAUUCUCGUUAGGUGCAGCGCUCUACUACUACCACUACUACCACUACUAUGUUUUUAUCCAAUGGUCCCCGGCGUCUUUGGUGCAUUGCAAUCGAUGGUUGGCGCAAUAAUGACAAUUUUGCAAACUAGUGUCCAUACACCUCAAUUCUGCUAGAGGCAGGCAGAUUGGGUAGGAAGUG